UCAACUGAAGUCACCCGUUAACUAAAACAGAAAAUUUGGAACAUCCUAACGCAGUUCUCGAAUAAAACUGUAUAACAGCCGCAAAAAGGAAAAAUCAGAGAGCCCCCAAAUUUCUCGGCUUUGAACUCGAAGCAAAGAAAUCGAUCGAUCGAUUGAUUGACUGACAGAUGUUUCCAGAACCCUAAUGGUUUGAUUCUUUGCUUGCUUGUAGUACUGAUGACGUGCAAGCGACACCCUUACGAGGUCGGCGUCGGCGUUUGCGCCACCUGUCUCCGGGAACGUCUUUGCGCCCUCAUUGCCGCCCAGAACAAGCUCGCCUCCGCCGCCGGGGAUGCUCAGACCUACCCUACUCCGCGCAAUCCUCAGCUCUCAUUCCCCAGAUCCACUUCCCCCUACUUCGCCCACCGCAGAUCGGUUUGCUCCGAUGGCCCUGCUAUCAACCGCUUCUUCACCACUCCUCCCGCCGGUAAUCUCUCGCGCCGAAAACCUCAUUCUCUCUGGUCUUCAGUCUUCGGACCUCCCAGAUCUGAGUCGUCGGAGCCCCGAUCGUCCUUUUCGUGGAUCUCCACCCUAAUCCGGAGAAAGAAAUCGCGAAAAUCGUUCGAGGCGGCCGGAUCGCCUCCGCCCUUGGAAAGAGGGAUGUCACUUGCGCGGUACCGUGACGAAGAUGACGGAGGAGACUCCGACUACUCUUCCGAUUCCUCCACCGUUGGUCGGCUGCCGGGACCUACGCCAAUUCGGCCUCAGGCGGCCCGGCCUCACCGGACCGGCGACGGCGCGGGUCGAGGAUUUUCUGGAUUCGCGGUUUGCCUGAGCCCCUUAGUUCGUUCGAAUCACAACCGCCGGCGGGCCGAGCCAGUCAACGAUCAGAUUCGUCGCCACGUGUCUUUCGGAGACAACCGGUCGGUCGGAGUUAAUCGGUCCAGAAAGCUGGCCGAUUUUGGUCGGUUUAAAUGACGCUUUUGCCCUCCUUCAACAGCUUGAUUUUUUUUUGUAAUUUUUUUAAUAUGAAAAAAUUAUUAUUGUAUAGAGUAUAGACAGAGAGAUGGGGAGAGGUCUGCGCCAAUUAAAUGGCUUAUGGUGGGGUUGAAAAUGUCAGAGGAGGAUUCAGAGAAUUUUAUAGGUUUUUAAUGCCUUCCAUAAUUUCUUUGAAUGAAGAAUUCAAAUAAA